AUGAGUGAUCUUAUGAGGACGUGCAAAGGGGGUUACUUUGACCGAACUGUUGCAGCUUAUUUGUUUGCUGUUUUGGGUGGCAAGAAUAGCCCUUCUGCUGAAGAUAUCAAGAAGAUUCUUGCCUCUGUUGGUGCUGAAGCUGAUGAUGAUAGGAUUGAGCUACUAUUGUCUCAAGUUAAGGAUAAGGAUAUGACUGAACUUAUUGCUGCUGGAAGGGAGAAAUUAGCUUCUGUGCCUUGUGGUGGUGGUGGUGCAGCAGCUGCUCCAGCUGCUGCUGGUGCUGCUUCUUCUGCCCCUGUUGAGACAAAAGAGGAGAAGGUGGAAGAGAAAGAUAAUGAUACAGAAGAUAUAAGUCCUUCUUAA